CGUUCUUCCCGGAUCCACCCGGACCUUCUCACGGGAGCACACUGAUGACGGUGAUUAGCUUAGCGGCUAGCUGCACCGGUUUCUGAUGAAAGUCCCCGAGUCGGUCUGCCUGUAGCUCCGUCACUCCUCGGUGUAAAACAGAAGAUAACAUGCGGCCAUCGCCGAUCGACUCUCCCAGACAGCCGGAGCAGCGGCGGUGAGAGGUGUGUGUGAGAUCGACCCAGAGUGCCGUCAUGGAGAAGCCCUGGAGGCUGUGGGGCUCCCUGGAGCGCUGGGCCCUGGCGCUGGCCUCCUGGUCCUGGGCCGCCUGCCGGGUCUCCUUGCUGGCCCUCAUCCUGUCCUUCCAUCUCUACGGGGGCUUCUUCCUGCUGGCCCUCAUCCUGGCCUCGGUGGCCGGGAUCCUCUACAAGUUCCAGGACGUGCUGCUGUACUUCCCCGACCAGCCGUCCUCCUCUCGCCUCUACGUCCCCAUGCCCUCCGGCAUCCCCCACGAGAGCGUCUACAUCCGCACCAAGGACGGCGUCAAGCUCAACCUCAUCCUGCUGCGCUACACCGGGGGGGACUCGCUGUCCGGGCCCGCCGCCGGGGGGCCGGAUGGCCCCUCCUCCUCCACCUCCCCCCCCACCAUCCUAUAUUUCCACGGCAACGCGGGCAACAUCGGGCACCGGGUGCCCAACGCGCUGCUGAUGCUGGUGAACCUGAAGGCCAACGUGGUGCUGGUGGACUACCGCGGCUACGGCAAGAGCGAGGGGGAGCCGGGCGAGAAGGGGCUUCACCUGGACGCCCAGGCCACGCUGGACUACGUCAUGACGCGGCCCGACCUGGACAAGACCAAGGUGGUGCUGUUCGGCCGCUCGCUGGGCGGCGCCGUGGCGGUGCACCUGGCCUCGCUCAACCCCCACCGCGUGGCGGCCACCAUCGUGGAGAACACCUUCCUCAGCAUCCCCCACAUGGCGGCCACGCUCUUCUCCUUCCUGCCCAUGCGGCUGCUGCCGCUGUGCUGCUACCGCAACCAGUUCCUGUCGUACCGGCAGAUCACGCAGUGCCGCAUGCCCUCGCUGUUCGUGUCGGGGCUGUCGGACCAGCUCAUCCCGCCGCUCAUGAUGAAGCAGCUGUACGAGCUGUCGCCCGCCCGGACUAAACGGCUCGCCAUCUUCCCCGAGGGCACGCACAACGACACCUGGCAGUGCCACGGCUACUUCCCCGCGCUGGAGCAGUUCAUCAGGGAGCUGCUGAAGAGCCACGCCCAUGAGGAGGGCGUGCAGUCCACGGCCAGCGUCACCAUCAUCUAAUGACGGCCCCGGUCACCUGACCCCCGGUCACCUGACCCGACGGAAUGUACCUUUUUAAUGUCUUUUUUUCUGAGCUGUCUGACUUUAUUUCGUCUUUUCCCGCCAUGGCCGUCGACCCUGAAUCGUGUCAUGUGACAUCCGGUCUACGGUUUUUAUGCAGAAGGCGGCUCCAACCGGUCUCGCCAACCCCCUGAACUGUACGCCUGUGAAUGCAUGAAUCAAAGACCUUGAUGAAUGACGCCUGCAAUGACUCCCCGACACGUCUGCAGUGCUCAGAACAGACGUCGCUUUGUUUGUUUUGGUGAUUAUUCCAGCGUCAAAGCGGUUUCAAGCGGUUCUGUCCAUGCCCUGCUCAGAGGCAUGCAGGCAGAAGUUAUGAAAAAACACCUCAAAUGAUCCUUACAGCAGCGCGCGCAUGCUGGGAAUUGUGUGUCCAAUAUAUUCGUUAAGUUUGGUUCGUGUAUCAUGGUAAAGGGUUUAAAAACAAUCUGAGAUCAUAUUUGAUAUGGAAUUAUGUUUUAUGAAGUGAAGAAAAAAAGAAAAAGUUACCCUUCCCAUUAUUACAAAUGUGGUUUAACAGGCUUAUUAAAUACCAAUAACUGGGGA